GAAGGAAUAACAUUGGAGAAACACAUCAAGUCCAAUAGAGCCCUUAACAUCUAUCUAUAUUAUAUAAACUCAGUUGUUAGUGUCUACCAAGUCCACAUAUAUUAUUGUAAAAGUGUCAUUGCUCAUGUGAAGGAAACUACAAGUGCGCUGAGAGGAUUCGUAUCAGCAGUACUAUAAACAUUACUAUAAUUAUGUAUUUAACUGUGUCAGAGAGUGGUGUAACGAUGACGAAGCCACCAGAAGUGGUGUCCAUGAUGGACGGAACCACCCCCAGCCUGACCGUCACCAGGCCUCCAGGGUUCAUCAUUUCCAGGCUAACAGCUGCUCUAUUCUUUACAGGAUUUGUGCUCAGCUUGCUAUUCGUAGCACUGCUGGCGUACGCGCUAGCUCCCUGCCACGGCAUGGGCAUGGGUCGACCCCGGGUGCUGGGUGGGGGCGGCUCUCCUACGGCCAACUGGAGGCGGGCCUCGCAGGACGUGAGGCUGCCCCGAUCUGUGCUGCCCCACAGCUACGAGAUUAAACUGGUGCCCUUCAUCUGGGAGGGCAACUUCACCUUCGCCGGUCAAGUCGAUAUUGUCGUCAAUGUCACUCAGCCUACCAGGAGCAUUACUUUGCACGUGAACGAUAUAGAGGUGCACGAAGCCACCCUCUCUCUGAUCAGUGAAGACUUGGAGUCUCCAAUCCGUGUGACUGAGGUGAGAAAUGACUCAGUCAAGCAGUUCCUUGUUGUUUCGCUCGGUGAAGAGCUCAAACCUGAACAGCAGUAUAAACUGUCAAUUCGCUAUACUGGCCAACUCAACGACAUUCUCCAAGGGUUCUAUCGCAGUUCAUACACCGUUAACAACACAAAGAGAUGGAUUGCUACCACCCAAUUCCAAUCGACAGAUGCUAGAAGAGCUUUUCCAUGCUUCGAUGAGCCGGCAUUGAAGGCCAAAUUCACAAUGCACAUUGCUCGUCCUUAUUCUAUGAUAGCAAUAUCAAACAUGCCCAAGAUUACCACAACUCCAGCUGAUUUCCCUGACCUUCCUGACUAUGAAUGGGACCACUUCAAGGAGAGCGUUCCAAUGUCCACUUAUCUUGUCGCAUUCACUGUUUCUGAUUUCGAGAAAAUGACAGAUGGUCGAUUUUCUGUGUUCGCUCGUCACGAUGCUCUCGCGCAGGCGCACUACAGUCUUGAGAUUGGUCCGAAAAUCCUCAAACACUAUGAACAAUACUAUAACAUCGAAUUUCCACUGCCAAAACUCGAUAUGAUAGCAUUGCCCGACUUCUCUGCAGGAGCUAUGGAGAAUUGGGGUCUCAUAACGUACAGGGAAACAACGAUGCUUUACCAAGACGGAAUCUCGACGAACAAGCACAAAAUGCGAGUGGCGACUGUGAUAAGUCACGAGCUGGCUCACCAGUGGUUCGGCAAUCUGGUCACACCCAGCUGGUGGUCUGACCUCUGGCUCAAUGAAGGAUUCGCCACUUAUGUCGAGUGUCUCGGCGUCGAUGCUGUUGAACCAUCAUGGCGGAAAUUGGAACAAUUUGUUACCGAAGACUUGCAGAAUGUUUUUCUACUGGAUGCCUACAAAUCUUCGCAUCCCAUUUCAGUCAAUGUCAAUCAUCCCAAUGAAAUUGACGAUAUUUUCGAUUCUAUUUCAUAUGAGAAAGGUGCUGCAGUGAUCAGGAUGAUGGACAACUUUCUCACAACUGAAGUCUUCAAAAGUGGAUUGACAAAAUAUCUUGAAGAAAGGGCUUACCAAAGUGCUACUCAGGAUGACUUGUGGCAAGCACUAACUGACGAGGCGCACAGAACGGGAAAACUGCCUCAAGAUGUGACAGUGAAGCAGAUCAUGGAUACCUGGACUCUUCAGACCGGAUUUCCUUUGGUCACUGUCACAAGGAACUAUGAAGAUGGCUCUGCCGAAAUAUCCCAGAAAAGGUUCAUUGUAUCGAAUCACUCACAAAACACCGAUAGAUCAUUGUGGUGGAUUCCUCUGACGUUCACCACUUCAAGAGAGCUGGAGUUCGAGAACACCACUCCUAGUCACUGGAUGAGGAAAGAACAAAGUAUCACAUUGAAGGAUCAAAGAUUGCCUCAGUCCAAGAGAGAUUGGAUCAUCUUCAACAUAAAAGAGACAGGCUUCUACAGAGUGAAUUAUGACACUCAAAACUGGCAGAGUUUGAUCAAUCAGCUUGUCGACUCUGAGGGAUUUAAACGAAUAGGAACGAUCAACAGAGCGCAGCUUGUGGAUGAUGCCCUGAAUCUUGCCAGGGCGAAUGUGAUCAACUACACUUUAGCAUUAGAUGUCACACGCUAUCUGAAGCAAGAGCUCGACUACUUUCCCUGGAAAUCGGCAUUUAAUGCAUUCGAUUACCUCGAAAAUAUGCUGAGCAAGAGUGCUGGAUAUGACAAAUUCAAGGCUUACUUACUGCAGCUGGUAGCGCGACUGUACGAAGACGUGGGCUUCAUGGACAAUAUGACUGACAGCCAGCUGCGCGUGUUCAAGCGAGUGGAUGUACUCAAGUGGGCUUGCACGCUCGGACAUGAGGAUUGCGUGCGCAAUGCUGUCACUCAGUUCCAGAAUUGGCGCAGCUCGCCCUAUCCCGACAGGAACAAUCCGAUCUCUCCAAACUUGAAGGCAACAGUUUACUGUACAGCUAUCCAGGUUGGAGGACAGAUGGAAUGGGAUUUCGCCUGGCAACGAUUUCUCAAGGCAAAUGUCGGCUCUGAGAAAAAUCUCUUGCUCAAUGCGAUGGGAUGCUCAAGAGAGCCUUGGAUUCUGAGCAGGUAUAUAAAUUGGGCUGUAUCACCAGACUCCGGCAUCAGAAAGCAGGAUGCUCCAACUGUGUUUGCCGCACUGUCAGGCAAUGUCAUUGGACAGAGUCUGGCUUUCAACUUCCUCAGAGAAAAUUGGCCAAGCUUGAAAGAAUAUUUUGGAGAAUCAAUGUUCACCCUCAAUACGCUUAUCAGACUCUCGACCAAUAGGAUGAACACAGAUUUUGAGCUGAAAUCAUUGAGAGAGUUCGUGGUAGAGAGGAAAUCAGACUUGGAAUCAGCCAGCAAAGUAGUGGACCAGGUACUGGAGAACGCACAGGCCAACGUUAAUUGGAUGAGAACGAAUUACAAAACAAUCAUAGCCUGGUUGACCUCUGCAGUCAAUAGCACCACUAUUUCACAGAGGAACACUCGAUUGAGUUAACAAACAAAUACAUUUAAAUAGUUUUCUACUGAUUUGACACGAAUAACAUUCGUGAUAAUGAAUUAGGUAUUGAUUGUGAAAACUUGUCACAGGUGGGUAACAAGGUGACCUGUUUGAUCGCCCACCUUCUUAUGGAGUAGAGCUCUUGAUACUGAUUAUAUCAGAUUGAGUAAUAUUGUACAGUUGAAUGUGAUCAGAGCAGGAGGAGAGAAUUCGUCUCUGAGGAACUGUAAUUUGCAACAUCUAACGUCUCAAAUUUGACACAUCUCAUGCCGUUGUUGAGGAUUCAUAAGAUCUUAACGGUCCUAAAUAUUUUUUAUGUUUUGCAUAAACGUUGUAUAUGUAUCAUUCUCUUUCUUGAAUGUGUGAGAAGAUGUUUGUCUGAUCUUUAAUGCGUAUGUCUGUAUUUGUGAGCAGCUUUGUAUGUAUUUUUAUUAAUUUAUUAUUAUACAAUUCAACGGUAUGUGUUAGACUUACACAUUCCAUAACUGAUUCUGUUGAUUUGAGUAGUAUUUUCAAUAAAGUUAUUCUAGUCUCUCCAGUAGGAUUAGAUCUUAUUAUGACAACAUUAUAAUAGUUGGAGGUGGAAAUAUUCCAUUUUCUCAUUUUUACGCUAUUUGAAAACAAAUGUAUCCUCAGACAAAAUUGUAGAGAACUACACAAUUUUCAUUUUGUGAAACUUAUGGAUAGGAAUAAUUGAAUUUAUAAUUUAACAUACCUCUCCAUCAGGUUCCUAUGUGGAUAUAAUACUGUAUUUCAACUGCUGUACUUGAUAUCAGUUUCUAGAGAGUGUCUCCAAUAAAUUUUCAGAUGAAGAAUACAGUAUUUCUGAUAAAUUCCAAAUCCUUUUUGUGUAGUUGAGAAGUUGAUAUUGUGGUAAUUAUUCAUAUUGAAUGAAAAAGACUAAGAAAUUGUCAAAAAACCACUGAUUUAUUGAUAAUUAGAAAGACCGGUUUCGGUUAUUACAUCAUUGUCAAUCUCUGAUAAACUGAAGAGUUUAUCAGAGAUUGACAAUGGUGUAGGCUUAAUAACCAAAACCGGUCUUUCUAAUUAUCAAUAAAUAAGUGGUUUUUUGACAAUUUCUUAGUCUUUUUCAUUCAAUUCCAAAUCUAAGUGAUAUUUUCAACUUUUCUCUCUUAUGUGGACUAACCCCCAUUUUUCAAUGGAAAUUUAUUUUUCAAUUGAAAUGGAAAAAUAUUUUUUGUUUCUUUCUAAAUUAUCAAGAUGAUUAAAAGUACUCGGGUCAGUUACAAGAGAAUAUUUGAAGAAAGUUCCUUAAAAUUCGAAAUCCAAAUAACUUCAAUAGAAUUUAGACCUAUGCAUGAGUCUCAUAAUCUGUGACUUAUGUACAGUCACCCAACGCAAAAUUAUUUUUUCCUGACUAUCAGGAUGGGAGGAUUCUGCACUAGCCGUGGAAUUUAUUACAUAGUGAUACCACUGUGAAACAUAUUUGAUUUUAAGGACAUUAUGACUUUCCUAAACGCUUUAUCUGCUAAAUUCAUAUUCCAACAAAGUUUAAUGUUAGAAUAAUAAUAAUAAAACGCGUAUAUAUAUUUUUGUCAAACACUUAAUUACUAAAGUAUUCUUAUUUCAGUGUAUAGUAGUUUUAUUUAAUAAUAAUUUCCUCUUGAAGUAUUUACAAUAUUAUGAUACAUUAUUGUGUAUAUAUUAGCCUCCAGAAUUUGUAUGAAACUAGCAUAUAGAUAAUAAUACAGUAUGAUAGUUUAAUGAAUAUGUAUUGAUGUAAUAUUUUCUUAGCAUUAUAAAUAUACUAGGUGAAAUAAUAAUUAUGAUGUGUGAUUGAGAGUAAUAAAUUCUAGCUUUCUAUUGAUGUAAUUUUUCUACUAAAACGUUUGAAUUUAUUGAUAUCAAUAUGUUGUACUUAUGUGAUGUAUCAAUCAUUAUUGUGUAAUAAAAUUUAAUAGUUCGUCUACAUUAUAGACUAAUAGACUAUAAAAUACAUUGAAUUAUCAUGUUUGAAAAAACUCCUUUCUACUGCUAUAUUGAUAUUGUAAUAUGAACGUUUAAUUGGUAAUAACACUGUUAUUUCUUGUUAUUAUAAUUAAUAAAACAAUUAGAUGGUUA